UUUUUUUUGUCUCUUCUUCUUUCACAAUUCCACAUUUCGCCAUUACCAUUUACCUUUUACUUAAAGCCCCUUACAUCAUAAUUAUUCAGACAUGAGUGCAGAGGAUCAGACCGCUCCAGAGACCCAGAAGAUCGAACACGAUGCAACUGUUGAUAAGCUUGAGAUCAAUUUACAGGGUUUAAACAUUCUCGAAAAGACUGAUCUUGCUGCAGAACUAGAAACCGUAAAGGAUCGUUUGGAAGCUAUUGAAAAGGAGGAACGAAUUGGUGCUGAUCCUGAAAAAGUUGCCCUCGAGGAGCUUCAAAAAUCAACCGAGGAAUUGAUCUCGAUCCGCAAGCAAUUGAGCGAGAAGCAGGCAGAAUUGGAUGCACUAGAUGAAUCAGACAACGAUCGAUCCGAUGUUUCGGCCGAAGUAGAGCGCUUGAAAAAAGAGGUGGACGAAAAAGAACACCAUUGGAAUGCUACAAAGGAAGUUUGGCGUCGUGAGUUUGGCCCAAUCGUAGACAGUAACUCUUCAUUGAGUACUGGAAUCAAUGCUGCCAAUCAACAUGACAUCAAAAGGCUUCAGGAGCAGAUCGCAAGUCUUCAGAAGCAGCUGGAUGAAGUUUCAUUGCGUAGAAAGCAAAUGGUUGCUGAUGCAGAAGAACAGCAUCGGAGAUUAGUUGAGCAGGAUGACUCCAUAGAUGAUAAUAAGAAUGAAGAGUAAAAAAACUGGUUGUCACAGGAAGCUUUUUACUUUUUUUAUUUAUACAAACAUUAUUAUUUUAUUAUUAAAUCCAACAGACUUUUUGACA